AACGAUCACCUCUUGAUCGAUUAGAUAGCAUUCUCUCUGUUUCUUCAGUCGUAAAAUGUCUCAAAAUUCCUCACACGAUAUCACAAGUGACGUAGACCAACCGGAUGUUUGUGUUGAUUUUGCUGAUUUAGUCCCCGGCAUGGUUAAUAUGAGGGUUAAGGUGAGAAUUAUUAGGAGGUUUGUGUGUCCUGCGUAUGGCGCUAGGUUCGUGGAUUUCGUACUGGAAGAUCCAAAGGGUCAAAAGAUACAUGCUGUAAUUGGUGGGGACGUCGCGCAACGGUUCUCAUCUAUCCUCAUAGAAGGCAAUUGCAUAACUUUAUCCGACUUUGUUGUACGAAUGGCUCUCGGAAGGUUUAGACCGUCUUCGCAUAGAUUUCGACUUGGUUCAAACGCUCUCACUUCGGUCAAUUUAAUAAGGCCUUUCUCUCAAAGUGAUAAUUUCCAUUUCGCGAAGUUUAGUGAUAUCAAAGAAGGACACCUAAAUCCUUGCUUCUGUGUUGGCAACGUUACUGCUACUACAGCUUGCACGUGCACUCAAUUCUUCUUCGAUCAUGAAUGUCCUGAGUUUUUGAUGGCUCGUCCCCGAAGUUCCAUCUGUGUAUCUGAUCUAAUUCCUUCUAUGAAUGAAAGAAUGAUGGGAAGAUUCAUAAUAAUUAGAAGAUUUCGUUGCUCUUCACGUUUGGACACGUUGGAGCUAAUACUAGCCGAUGAAAAGGGUGACAGGAUACAAGCUUCAAUUGGUUUGGAUUGUUUGGCUUAUGAUUCGAGUAGACUUGUCGAAGGAACGUGGAUAUUUAUAAAAGAUUUUGGCUUGGUCGACGCUGUUGGGUCUGUUAGGCCAACUAGGCAUGCCUAUAAAAUUCUUUGGAAUCUAUCGACUUCUUUUAAGAGAACUGUGGUUACUGCUUCUGUUGACUAUUUUAAGUUUGUACGUUUUGAAGAUGUUCUUGCUGGUUUAGUCGAUCCAUGUGUUUGUGUUGAUUUGAUUGGUCGUCUCAUGUGUGUUGGAAAUUAUGACGAGGAUGAGGGAUUGAAUAGUACGUGGGAGCAGAUAUAUUUGGAGUUAGAGAAUGUUAGGGGUAUUCGUAUUCGCUGUCGCUUGCCGAAGAGACUAGAGCUUUCUCGAGGUCAUAUGAGGGCUACUACUCUGUGUACCUGCACAGAACUUUUAUUCAAUCCUUCGUGUGAUGAAGCUUCGACUAAGGUUCUUAACAAAUGGCGUGAGAGAUCUGAAGCCGGUUAUCGAACUUUACGCAUGAUUUUGUGUGAUAAAAGGGGUUCUAUGAUUGAGGCUAAAAUCAAUUCCGAACUCAUUACUGAGUAUGAUUCCGAGUUCAAAGAUGGUGACUGGAUAGCUCUUCAUCAUUUCGAAUUAGAUUUGGUAACUGGGGAUAUGAGAACUACGCGUCAUGAUUAUCGGAUCAAUUUUCUUCCUUCGACAAUUUUGAAUCUGAUACCUGACAAAGACGAUCUUCACUAUGCACUAUAUCCAUCCUCUUUCCUUGACGUUUUGGAUGAUAAACUCAUAAGAACUUACCUGAUAAAUUUGAUUGGGUAUGUGGUUGAUAUCGACGACAUAAAAUACUCUGACCCAAGUAAACGAAGCGCUGGUUAUGCGAUGACGUCUUUCAAAAUUAAGGACGCAAAGAAUUAUGUACUGCCGUGUGUUGCUAUCGGAGAUCUUGCUGAGCAUUUUCACGAUGAGUGGAAAAGGACUAGGAGUUCGCGGGUUGUUUGUGUUUUGCGGUGGUGGGGAAUCUAUAAAGUUUCCGGACAUAUGGUUAUCCAAUCGGUUGGUAGAUGCAGUCGUUUGGAUCUUGAUCCUGAUAUGCCUGAGGUUCCUGAUUUCCGAAAAACGAAAGAUCAGUGUUUUAUGAACAUGGCUGCUACAUUAAAAUUUGCUGAUCUAAACGUCGGACAAGAUAAGUGUGUUGUGUGUGUUAAGAUCCUUGCUCUGUGGAUCCCUAACGAGGAUAGGCUCGGCCGUGUUUGCAAAAUGAUACUAGCUGACGAGGAGGGUGUUAAGAUUGAGUCAACUGUUCCCCAUCCUCAUUAUUCCAAGAGGUUCGAGAAGAUUCUCGAGCAGGGCCGUUGGUUUCUUUUUGAAGAUUUUAGGGUCGUUACUAAUCCAGAAGUCUUGAGGAACACUGCUUGUCCUUAUAUAAUCCAGUUCACUUGCAAAACUAAAAUUGAACCGAUUUUGGGAAAAAAAGAAUCUGGUUUCUUUAAUUUUAUAUCGUACACAGAUAUCAUUGAGGGGAGAAAUCUCAAACUUGAUCUUCCUGUUGACCUUUAUGGAGUCAUCAUCAGGAUCUCGAGGGUUAAAAGACUUCCUUAUGUUGCUAACUGGGAUGAGGUUGGUAAACAACCUAAUUAUCGCAAUUUUCAGAUCGUUGAUGCAGAAGGUACGGUGAUAAACUGUUGUGCAAUGAAGAAUCAUUGCACUGAGCUAACAAAGAUGUGGAAUGAGGCAAAUUAUGACAUUAGAGUACGUGGGUCUACGGUCUUUUGUGUGCUAAGGUUUUGGAUGAUCUCUGGAUUAGAAGCCGAAAGAUGUGUUACCAGUGGAGAUGGGUGCUCGCAGCUCCUACUGGAUCCUGAAAUUGCUGAACUUGAAGAUGAGAUAUAUAUUGCCAAAUUCACAAGCCAGUUUUAUAAAAAAAAGGCUGAUCCGGAGAGUGAAGAUGAGAUUGACUGGGGGAUACCAAUUCAGCGUAAUUGGGAUUUUGUAUUUUUACGGAUGGAGCCGUAUCCUCUUUCGAAGCUGAAUCCUGAUACCAGCGAGUGGCGUAUUCGCGCAAAGGUUCUUGCUAUUUGGCAAGAGUACUACGAUCAUUAUUCGACGGUUGACGUCGUGUUGGUCGAUGAUAAGGGUGGGAAAAUCCACGGUAUCAUACCUAUGGAGCUUAUGCCACAGUUUUCGUCGAGAAUCGUGGAGAACCGAUGGAUAGUGAUAACAGAUUUUAUUUUGAGACCUGUCGUGGAUGCGUUGAAGCCUGUUGCUCAUAGAUUUGAGCUGGUAUUUCAUAAAAAAACAUUAUGCGAUACUCUGCAGGAGAGAUCAGGUGAUGGUUUCUAUGAUUUCGUGGAUUUUGGGAUAAUCCUAAAUGGGUCGCAUGAUACGUCCAUUUGUGUUGAUAUCAUCGGAAAGGCCAUUAACGUUAGUAAAAUAACCUCUUUUGGUUGUCACGUGUAUGAGGAUCAGGUGGAACAUAUAGUCUUUGAUCUCCAGGAUACAAGUGAGAGAGUUUUGAGAUGUGUUUUAAGCAUUACGGAUGCUUUACCUCUUUAUCGUUUGUGGAUGACUGAUCCAUCCGAUGUUAUCAUAUGUGUACUGCGAUUUGUCCGUGUCGAGUUUAGGGAAGGGGUGCGCUGUUCGAAACUGCUGUUGAAUCCUUCGAUACCGGGUGUAAAAAAAAUGAAAUCAUUCUUCUCGAUCAAGCACGGUCCGGUUGCGAAGAAACAGAAGAUUAAAGACUGAACGUGACCAUAGAUCUAUAUUUUAGUUUAUCUCCUUAUAGAUGUUUUUACGUUAUGUUAUCGUCUCGGUCUAUCGGUCAUACACAUUAUUUUAUUUUGGAUAUUUAUCUUUAACGUUAUUAAAAUAAAACAGAUUUAAUUUA